GCUCUGCUCCUCCCCGGGUUGCUGCUGCUGCUGGUGGUGGACUGACUCCAUAGCGGGCUGCCGGUGAAAACACAGCAAGACAUGAGUGUGGCGGGUAGUACUCGGUCCGGUUCGGCCGCCGGUCCGGUCCAGCAGGGACUAAAAGAGGCUCUGAUCGAGACGCUGACGGCCAUCCUGUCCCCAGUUCAAGAAGUGCGUGCCGCCGCGGAGGAGCAGAUCAAAGUGCUGGAAGUGACAGAGGAGUUUGGUGUCCACUUGGCAGAACUCACAGUUGACCCUCAGGGAGCGCUCGCCAUCCGUCAGUUAGCAUCAGUCAUAUUGAAGCAGUAUGUGGAGACUCACUGGUGUUCCCAGUCAGAGAAAUUUAGGCCUCCUGAAACCACAGAUCAGGCUAAAGCUGCUAUUAGGGAGCUGCUGCCCGGUGGUCUGCGGGAGGCGAUCAGCAAAGUCCGUUCCAGUGUUGCGUACGCUGUGUCGGCCAUCGCUCACUGGGAUUGGCCUGAGGCCUGGCCACAGCUCUUCACCCUGCUGAUGGAGAUGCUGGUCAGCGGAAAUGUCAACGCUGUGCACGGGGCCAUGAGGGUCCUCACAGAGUUUACUCGGGAGGUGACAGACACACAGAUGCCGCUGGUGGCUCCAGUCAUCUUACCUGAGAUGUACAAGAUCUUUACCAUGGCCGAGGUGUACAGUAUUCGCACCCGAUCCAGAGCAGUGGAGAUAUUCACCACCUGUGCCAACCUCAUUUGUGCUAUUGAGGAGCUUGAAAAGGGUGCAGCCAAAGCGUUGAUCUUCCCUGUGGUGCAGCAGUUUACAGAAGCGUUCGUGCAGGCUCUGCAGAUGCCUGAUGGACCCUCGUCUGACAGCGGUCUGAAGAUGGAGGUCCUCAAGGCAGUGACAGCGCUGGUAAAGAACUUCCCCAAACCCAUGGUGUCGUCCAUGCAGCAGAUCUUACCCAUUGUGUGGAAUACGCUGACUGAAAGUGCUGCUUUUUAUGUAAGAACAGAGGUCAAUGACACAGAGGAAGUGGAUGAUCCAGUAGACUCAGAUGGUGAAGUUCUGGGUUUUGAGAACCUGGUGUUCAGCAUCUUCGAGUUUGUCCACACGCUGCUGGAGAACAACAAGUUCAAGAGCACAGUGAAGAAGGCUCUGCCCGAGCUCAUCUACUACAUCAUCCUGUACAUGCAGAUCACAGAGGACCAGAUCAAAGUAUGGACAGCAAACCCUCAGCAGUUUGUAGAAGAUGAGGAUGAUGAUACCUUCUCCUACUCUGUUAGGAUCUCUGCUCAGGACCUGCUGCUGGCUGUUGCCACAGAGUUUCAGAAUGAGAGCGCAGCAGCGCUGGCAGCAGCAGCGACCAGACACCUCCAGGAGGCAGAACAGGCCAAGAACAGUAACAAUGAGCACUGGUGGAAGGUCCAUGAGGCCUGUAUGUUGGCCCUUGGCUCAGUCAAAACCAUCAUCACAGAGAACGUGAAGAACGGUCGCAUCCAGUUUGACAUGCACGGUUUCCUGGCCAGUGUUAUCCUGGCUGACCUCAACCUGGCAGCGGCUUCUCCGUUCCUCCUCGGUCGGGCUUUGUGGGCGGCCAGUCGCUUCACAGCAGCCAUGUCUCCUGAAUUAAUCCAGCAGUUCCUGCAGGCCACAGUCAGUGGCCUCCAUGACAGCCAGCCACCUUCGGUCCGCAUCUCAGCAGUCAGGGCUAUCUGGGGAUACUGUGAUCAGCUGAAGCUGUCAGAGAGCACCCAUGUCCUGCAGCCCUUCCUCCCCAGCAUCCUGGAGGGACUGGUCCAACUGGCCGCCCAGUUCAGCUCCGAGGUGCUCACCCUCGUCAUGGAGACGCUGUGCAUCGUGUGCACCGUCGACCCGGCCUUCACCACCAGCGCAGAGAACAAGAUCUGCCCCCUCACCAUCGCUAUUUUCCUUAAAUAUAACAAUGACCCCGUGGUGGCGUCCCUGGCUCAGGAUAUCUUUAAGGAAUUGGCACAGAUCGAAGGCUGCCAAGGCCCCAUGCAGAUGCGCCUCAUCCCCACACUGGUCAGCAUCAUGCAGGCUCCCCCCGACAAGAUUCCCUCUGGACUCUGUGCUACGUCCAUAGACAUCCUGACCACAGUCGUACGCAACACCAAGCCGCCUCUUACAGAGAUGCUGGUGUGCCAGGCUUUCCCUGUGGUAGCACAGUGCACGUUGCGCACGGACGACAACACUAUAAUGCAGAAUGGCGGCGAGUGUCUGCGGGCGUACGUCUCCGUAGCACUCGAACAGAUCGCCCAGUGGAGGGACGAGCAGGGGAACAGCGGCCUCUGGUAUGUCAUGCAGGUGGUGAACCAGCUGCUGGACCCCAGGACCUCCGAGUUCACGGCUGCCUUCGUGGGCAGGUUGGUGUCCACUCUGAUCUCUCGGGCUGGAACCGAGCUCGGGGAACAGCUGGACCAGAUCCUCCGAGCCAUUCUGAGCAAGAUGCAACAAGCUGAGACUCUGAGUGUCAUGCAGUCUCUUAUCAUGGUGUUUGCCCACCUGGUUCACUCCCAGUUGGAGCCUCUGCUGGAGUUCCUGUGCAGUCUGCCCGGCCCAACGGGGAAACCUGCCCUGGAGUUUGUCAUGACAGAGUGGAUGAGCAGGCAGCACCUCUUCUACGGACAGUACGAGGGUAAAGUCAGCACAGUGGCUCUCUGUAAGCUGCUGCAGCACAGCCUCAACGCUGAUGACAAACGUCUGCAGGACAUUGUGGUGAAGGGAGAAGAGAUCUACAGUCCUGAAGAGGGCAUCCGAACACGCUCUAAAUCUGCAAAGAAUCCAGAGCGAUGGACCAACAUUCCUUUGCUAGUGAAGAUCUUUAAAUUGAUCAUCAAUGAGCUAUCAACAGUGGUGGAGGCAAACGCCAGCAGGGCCAAUGCAGCAGACUGGAGCCAAGACUCCAGUGGUAUGUGGGAGGAGCAGGAGGAGGAAGACAGGGAGGAUGAUGAUGAUGAUGAGGAUGAAGGACUCGCAGGGCAGCUGCUUUCUGAUAUCAUCGCCUCCAACAAAUACGAUGAUGAUUAUUAUGAGGAUGAUGAGGAGGACGAUCCAGAUGCCUUGAAAGAUCCCAUAUAUCUGAUUGAUCUUCAGGCUUAUCUGACAGACUUCCUGACGCAGUUCGCCCAGCAGCCAUGUUACAGCAUGUUCUCAGGCCACCUCAACAACGCUGAGAGACAAACGUUACAGUCUAUAGGCCUCUAGCCCCACCCUCUGCUGCUCGACAUCUUCUGCCAUCUACAACGCCCCCCCUCAAAACCCUCUUCUAUUACCCCAUCACUUAUGCUCUCAUGAUGAAUUUAACAACAUAGCAAAAAAAAAAAAGAACAGAAAGAAACUUGAGUAUGGGCUGAUGGGCCUAGCAGAGGAAGGGGAUGGGAUGGGAAGAGUCACAUGCACUUACCCAUAAUUCCCCUGUUUCUCCCUACUUGUGAUGGGAUGAAGGACUUUGCAGAUGUGAAAGUGAGGAGAAUGAAGAGGUGAGAGACUGCACGGGUCUGCUCUUGAAGGGGGUCAGGUCAGUUUUGGGGGUUGGUGUGUCUCCUCAGCCUCCUCUGACAUUUAGGAGUGACUUCAGACUGGACGAGAGGAUUGAACAAAGAGGUCGAGGCUUCGCGGUGGGCCAGGUGAAUCAUGACAUAUGAACGGACUAUUUUGCCAUGUCCUAUUUGUAACUUAGCCCGUUAUUUUUGUGUUUCUGUAUAAACGGAGUGAAAUGCAACAUGGAAAACACUUCCUGAAGACUUUACAUUGAUUUGAAGGAAAGUUGUUUAAAACAAAAAAAAAAAAAGAACUUCCUGAUCUUUGGAGAAGGAGAGAAACAUUGGCGGCCUUAUAUUCCAGAAAACUGUUUCUGACAGGAAAUGAAAAGCUCUCAGUGGUUUCCAACCUGGGGGUCGGCACCCCCACAAUGGGUCGCUGUAUGGUAGAACAGGAUACGAUAAGGAGGGGGGAAAAAAUAUUUUGGACACACAAAAUCAGACCAGAGCUGCAAGGUUAGCUGGCUAGCUGAUCAGCAGAACAUCAUUUAACAAAUAUUUUGAUAAUUGAAUAUAUUUGGGUUUUAGACUGUUGGUGAGACAAAACCAGACAUUUGUAGAUGUAACCUUGGACUGUGGAUAUCUUUUAACGGAUGUUUUUCACUAUUUUGACAUUUUUUGGACAAAACGAUUAAGUGCUGUAUCAAAACUUAACUGGUAGACAACACUACGUGUGACAAGGUGUCCCAGGUAAGAAACUGCUUCAUUUUAAGGGGUCACAGGCCAAAAAGGUUGGGAACCACUGUCAUAGACCAGCUGUCAUGUGUCAGUUACGGUGGGUAUUUGGGAAUUCACACUGUUGCCAUGGUAAUUCACAGCCUUGUCAUUUCCUUGUACCCAUUUGAAAUUUGGGAUGAAAAGAUUUCUAAAUAAACCUUCCGAAUGGACAACAUUUCCA